GCAUUUCUUGUUUUUCUGAUUCUGAUAGAUAGCAAAAACCAUAGCCAAAAAAACCAAGCAAACCAAACCCAUCAUUGUAAAAUUCUUAGAAUAAUAGAAAGAAGGAAAUGUUAACAGCUCCUUCACUUUCCCGUUUUAAGUCUCCAUUUCUCAGUUCCCCUCUUAAGCUCUCACCUUCUACUUCAUCUUUCUCUCAGAAAUUUCAUCAAAUACAACGUUCACCAAAUUCUUAUCCAUGUGUUAGAGCUGUGGAUCUUGAUCAAAACACGGUGAUAGCAAUUACAGUUGGGGUGCUCAGUGUUGCUAUUGGAGUUGGGAUUCCAGUUUUUUAUGAGACCCAAAUUGAUAAUGCUGCGAAAAGAGAUAACACGCAGCCCUGCUUCCCCUGCGCUGGCACUGGUGCUCAGAAAUGCAGAUUUUGCAUGGGUACUGGCAGUGUGACAGUGGAGCUUGGAGGGGACAAUAAAGAAGUCUCUCGGUGCAUCAACUGUGACGGUGCUGGUGCUUUGACUUGCACAACAUGUCAAGGCAGUGGCAUUCAACCUCGGUACCUUGAUCGCAGGGAAUUUAAGGAUGAUGAUUAAGAUAUGGAAGAAUAUUCACCGCGGAUGCCACAACUUGUUUUUUUCUAGAAGGCCUAUCAUAUUGACCCGGAUAUUUUGACAAAAAUUUCUGUAAAAUUCAUUUAUGUUUAUCCUCUCUCUCUGCCUUUCUCAGUUUUUACAUAUUCCUUUUGCCUUUUGUUCUUACAUGUAAUCGUUAACAAAUGAAGCAAUACAUGAUUUCAGUUCCAGCUUUGUCCAACUGCUAGAUGUUGUAAAAGAGCCAAAGUUAGUGUGUUUGGAGUAUUGUUGAGGCAAUGGAAAGGAGCAGUUGUGUGUUG